UUGGAGAAUACAUGUAGCUCUCUGCUCGCCUCCAACAGGGAGACAAAAACCAGAGAGACACAGAUAGGUGAUUUUCUUCCGCUCCGUAAUCAAUUCACAGAGAGAGAGAGAGAGAGAGAGAGAAUGAAAACAAAGAGAACGUCGCUCAAAUCCCUAUCAAUCUGCUUCGUCUUCUUAUGCUUUUGCGCAUUCAGGUUCAAUCUCUGUCACGCACUCUAUGGACCGUCCUCACCAGUGGUUCAGGUCAACCCCUCCAACUUCAAGUCCAAGGUUCUGAACUCGAAUGGAGUUGUCCUGGUUGAGUUCUUUGCACCAUGGUGUGGCCAUUGUCAGGCGCUUACGCCGAUAUGGGAGAAGGCUGCCACUAUCUUGAAAGGUGUUGCCACCGUGGCAGCACUUGAUGCCGAUGCACACCAGUCCCUUGCCCAGGAAUAUGGGAUUAGAGGAUUUCCUACCAUAAAGGUGUUUGCACCUGGAAAGCCUCCAGUAGAUUACCAAGGAGCUAGAGACGUCAAACCCAUUGCAGAAUUUGCAGUUCAACAGAUAAAGGCACUAUUAAAAGAACGAUUAAAUGGAAAAACAACCGGUGGUUCAAAUGAAAAAUCCGAACCUAGUUCUUCUGUAGAAUUGAAUUCCAGCAAUUUUGAUGAACUGGUGCUUAAAAGUAAAGAACUUUGGAUUGUGGAAUUCUUUGCACCUUGGUGUGGACAUUGUAAAAAACUAGCUCCUGAGUGGAAGAAGGCUGCUAAUAACUUAAAGGGGAAGGUGAAGCUAGGUCAUGUUGACUGCGAUGCAGAAAAGUCUCUGAUGAGCAGGUUCAAUGUUCAAGGGUUUCCCACUAUCUUGGUGUUUGGUGCUGACAGAGAUAGUCCUGUCCCCUAUGAGGGUGCAAGAACUGGCUUAGCAAUUGAAUCAUUUGCUCUCGAACAGCUGGAAACAAAUGUUGCACCUCCCGAAGUGACUGAGCUAACUGGCAUGGAUGUCAUGGAGGAGAAAUGUGGUUCGGCUGCCAUCUGUUUUGUUGCUUUCCUUCCUGACAUUUUGGAUUCCAAGGCUGAAGGGAGGGACAAAUACAUUCGGCAGUUAUUAUCAGUUGCAGAGAAGUUCAAAAGGAGUCCAUACAGCUAUGUCUGGGCAGCAGCUGGUAAGCAGCCGGAUCUCGAGAAACGUGUGGGUGUCGGUGGGUAUGGAUAUCCAGCUUUGGUCGCAUUGAACGUUAAGAAAGGUGCAUAUGCCCCACUUAAGAGCGCAUUUGAACUUGACCAAAUUAUAGAGUUUGUGAAGGAAGCUGGACGUGGAGGAAAGGGCAAUCUGCCUUUGGAUGGCACUCCCGUGAUUGUAAAGACAGAACCCUGGGAUGGUAAAGAUGGAGAGAUAAUUGAAGAGGAUGAAUUCUCCCUUGAAGAACUCAUGGGGGAGGAUGCUGCAAACAUCGAUGAGUUGUGAUAAACUUGAAUCAGGAUAGCAGAGACAGAGAAUGAGAUUUAAGGCUAUAAACGAUUUUGUUGUUACAAGCAACGUAUUUGUGUAAUGUGGCUUCUAUAGUUUACUGCACUCGCAUGA